AUGCAACAAUUAGGAGAUAAAACUGUUAUUCGAAUGACUUAUGAUAAUGUAGUUGCUACAAAUCUAUUUGAUGAUGUUUUUGUUGUUACUGAUUCGGAUAUUAUUUAUAACGAAAUAGUAUCAAAUAAUGGAAAAGCAAUUAUGAGUAUUAAAAAUCAUGAAACUGGUAGUGAUAGAAUUGCUGAAGCAAUAGAAAAUAUUGACUGUGAUAUUAUUUUGAAUGUACAAGGAGACGAACCAUUUGUAAACUAUAAAGCUUUAUCUGAUAUUCUUUCUUCAUUUGAUGGUGAAAUCGGAAAAACUGUAGAUGUUGCAACCUUAAAAGAAUCUAUUAUUAAAGACGAAGAUAUUAACAAUUCUAACUUUGUAAAAGUUGUAACAGAUUAUAAUGAUUUUGCUUUAUAUUUUUCUCGUUCCCCUAUUCCAUUCUCUCGAGAAAUUAAUUUUAGCCCAAAAUAUUUUCGUCAUAUUGGUAUAUAUGCUUUUAGAAAAGAUGCUUUAUUACGUUUUUCAAAAUUAAGCAUGCGUCAAAAUGAAACUGCUGAAAAACUAGAACAAUUAAG